CUACAAACAAAACAUUAGGAGUACAACACUACAAUUAUCAAAAAUCUGUUUUUGUGUCGUUUUGCUAUAUUUUUAUUUUUAAUUUGUACAAUAAAUAUUGUAUUUUAGCCAUGUUGGAGCAAGUGAAUCGUGUCAUAUUAGUCCUUUCAGGGAAAGGGGGUGUUGGGAAGUCUACAGUUAGCACGCAACUGGCAUUAUCUUUGAAAGAAAAUGGUUUUAAGGUAGGAUUAUUAGACAUAGACUUGUGUGGACCAAGUGUACCAUAUAUCCUGAAUUUGGAAGGUCAGAAUGUACACCAGGGACCAGAAGGAUGGAUCCCAGUCUACAUGGACAAGGAACAGAGACUCGGGGUGAUGUCCAUAGGGUUUCUGUUGAGCUCCCGCAACGAUGCUGUGGUGUGGAGAGGCCCGAAAAAGACAUCCAUGAUCAAGCAAUUUCUUGAAGACGUGUGUUGGGAUAAGCUGGAUUACCUCGUCAUAGAUACUCCUCCAGGAACCUCGGAUGAGCAUAUAACAGUGAUGGAGAACCUCCGAGGGGUGCCACAGUGCGCUGCCAUCCUGGUCACAACACCACAAGAGGUGGCUAUCGAAGACGUCAGGAAAGAGAUUACGUUCUGCAGGAAAACCGGCAUACCUAUACUUGGUAUUAUUGAGAAUAUGAGUGGCUACGAGUGCCCAAACUGCAGUGAAUGCACCAACAUAUUCUCCAGCGGAGGCGGCAAGUCUUUGGCGGAGUUAUCCAAGAUUCCCUUCCUGGGCAGUGUGCCUAUUGACCCCAGGGUUGGCAAGCUCGCCGGCCAAGGUGUUGCUGCUGUAAAGGAACUACCCGACUCGACAACUAGCAAGGUCUUCACGGAACUAGUCAGGACUUUAGCUGAGACGAGUACCAACGGUUUGACAAGCUAAAGGUGCGAAAGAUGUGAGUUGCCAAGUGCAAUUAUUGGGAUUUAGAGGUGAUAAUUAUGUAUCAUUUUGUAAAAUAAGAUGGCAAAAUUUUAUUGUAAUGGUGGCAAUAACUCUGUGGGCUAGUGAUAUAAGGGUAUUUUGUGGAUAACAUAAAACAUUUUUGUCAUUUUUUGCUGUUCAAAAGAUGAAUACUAAAAUUAUUUUUUUCUCUAGUUUAUACAGGGAUGUUAGUAACAUCGUAACGAAUACUGAGGAGGUAAUUCAGACCGUGAUAAUGAGUUAAUAUCAAGAAUUUUCCGUCGUCCGUCCCCAUUUGGAGUGGGAUAAGGACAGGAGAAUGAUCAUCUAAUGGAAUUUCCCCUCGGAAAAUUCAUGGAAAUUUUAGUGUCUUUUUAAAUUAUUUUCAUUUCCAUGUUUUUGCGACGGAAAAUUCCACUUGAUAUCAACUCUGAAUCAUGGGCUGAAUCAUCCCUCAAAGUCUUCGUUACGAUGUCACUUACACCCUGUAUAGGUAUAAUUAUGAGGUUGCCUGAUAUUAAACCAUCCACAAUAAUUUGCACUUGGUGUUUCUUAUUUUCAAAUCAAAUCAUAUAAAAAAUAUUGUUAUCAUUCCCAAUGUUACGUAGUUUUUAAGGAAAAAGUUAAUAAAUAAACAAGAUAUUUAUAUUGAAAA